CGCUGGGGAGCCUGUGCUGGUGAUCGCCUGGCACCGCCCUGCCCCGCUCCCCCCCGCCCCAGCGCCGGGCACCUGGCACCGCCCUGCCCCGCUCCCCAGCGCCGGGCACCUGGCAUCACCCGGCACCGCCUUGCAUCGCCCGUUGGCCCCCCGAGCGGAGGAUGUGACUCCCGCCGGUUCCUCCUUGCAGUGGCUGGGCUGAUCGGUGCUGUCCCCCAGAGCUCUGGGCCUUGCAAGGAAGCGGAAUCCUCGCCCGCCCCCUUCUGCUCUUGCGGGGACCAGGGGCUGAGCUCUUUAUGGGGCAGUUCAACCCGGCCUGGAGAAGAUGCCAAGGAAGGAGCUACCUUUGCCAGAGGGCUGGGAAGAAGCCCGGGACUUCGAUGGGAAAGUGUAUUAUAUCGACCACACCAACAAAACCACCAGCUGGAUCGACCCGAGAGACAGGUAUACUAAACCACUAACCUUUGCUGACUGCAUUAGUGAUGAAUUGCCAUUAGGAUGGGAAGAAGCUUAUGACCCUCAAGUUGGAGUUUAUUACGUAGACCACAAUACCCAAUCCACACAGAUAGAGGACCCUCGUGUGCAAUGGCGGCGGGAGCAGGAACAUAUGCUGAAGGACUAUCUGAUACUGGCCCAAGAGGCUAUCACUGCUCAGAAAGAGAUCUACCAGGUGAAACAGCAGAGACUUGAAUUGGCCCAGCAGGAAUACAGGCAGCUACAUGACGUUUGGGAACACAAACUGGGCUCUCAGAUCAGCUUGCACUCUGGCUCAUCGUCUAGUUCUAAAUAUGACCCGGAGAUUCUUAAAGCUGAAAUUGCUACUACAAAAUCCAGGGUUAAUAAAUUGAAGAGAGAGGUAGCUCAUAUGAGGCAAGAACUGCAGUACAAAGAGCAUGGCUUCCAGACACUAAAGAAAAUUGAUAUGAAAAUGUCUGAUACUCAAGGUGGAUACAAACUUGAUGAAGCGCAAGCCAUAUUAAGUGAAAUGAAAGCUAUCAAGAAAGCAAUCACUUCAGGAGAGAAAGAAAAACAAGAUCUCAUUCAGAGCUUAGCCAGGUUAAAGGAUGGCUUUGUGACUGACAGAGGAUCACAGUCAGACCUGUGGGACAGCAAUGCAGCCUUAUUACCUCCACAGUAUCUGGAUGUUAGCUCCCAAACAGAUGUUUCAGGAAAUUUUAUCACAAGCACUAAUAAUCAGUUGGCUGAGAAGGUCAGAUUACGCCUCCGAUAUGAAGAAGCAAAGAGAAGAAUAGCAAACUUAAAAAUACAUCUGGCUAAACUGGACAGUGAGGCCUGGCCAGGUGUGCUGGAUUCAGAACGGGACCGACUAAUAUUAAUCAAUGAGAAGGAGGAGCUCUUAAAGGAAAUGCGGUUCAUUAGCCCCCGAAAGUGGACUCGGGGUGAAGUGGAAAGAUUGGAGAUGGAGAGAAAACGUCUAGAGGAAGAUCUUCAAGCUGCAAGAGAUACUCAAAGCAAAGCCUUAACAGAGAGAUUGAAGUUGAAUAGCAAAAGAAAUCAGUUGGUCCGCGAACUGGAGGAAACAACGCGGUUAGUUGUAACGUUACACGCCCAGCUGAAAAACCUCUCUACCAGCAUGCUUUCCCUCUCUUCGGGCAGCAGCCAUGGCUCUCUCGCAUCGAGCAGAGGAUCUCUUGCCACCUCUAGCCAGGAUUCUUCCACUUCAGCCAGUUUUACUGAUCUCUACUAUGAGCAGUGGGAACAGUUGGACUCAGACUAUCAGAACAAAGUUGACUUCUUACUCUUGGAGGGAGCCGCUGGAUUUAGGCCUUCGGGCUAUAUCACCACUAUUCAUGAGAACGAGGUGGCAAAAACUCACAAAACAGAUGCCACCAGUCGUAUCCAGGCUCUGAGAUCUUUGUCUGGGACCCCCAAAUCAAUGACAUCCUUAUCUCCAAGGUCAUCUCUGUCAUCUCCCUCUCCACCCUGCUCCCCACUAGUGGUAGACCCUCUCUUAACUGGAGAUGCCUUUUUGAGCCACAUGGACUUUGAAGAUACAGAAAUAAAUAUAACUCUUUCUGAACUCUCUCUAAACGCUGGAAGUGGCAGCUACAGAUUGGAAGAGCCUAGGGCUGGGGACAAACAUCUAGGACAAGGCGUAAAUUCAGCUGGAGGGGCCACACUGAAGGUGGCAUGUGUGUCAGCUGCAGUGUCAGAUGAAUCUGUUGCUGGAGACAGCGGGGUGUAUGAGGCAGCUGUACAAAGACUCUGUGUGUCAGAAAUGAUAAUGUUUGACAGUGAUCAUACAGAAGCAGCUGGGACUGCCAAAGUGCAAAUUGCUAUGAAGUAUGAUGACAAAAAUAAACAGUUUGCAAUAUUAGUCAUGCAGCUGAAUAACGUUCCUGCUCUAAUGUUACAGCAAGAUCAGAAAGUGAACAUUCGUGUGGCUGUUCUUCCUUGCUCUGAAAGCACAAGCUGUUUGUUCCGCACAAGACCCAUGGAAGCUUCAGACAGUCUUGUAUACAAUGAAAUAUUUUGGGUUUCAAUCUCUUACCCUGCUUUACACCAGAAGACUUUAAGAGUUGAUGUUUGCACUGUGGAUAAGUCUCACCUCGAGGAGUGCCUGGGUGGGGCACAAAUUAGCCUGGCUGAAAUAUGUAGAUCUGGAGAGAAGUCAACACGCUGGUACAACCUUCUUAAUUAUAAAUAUCUUCAGAAGCAAAGCAGAAAACACAAACAAGGGGAUAUUUGUUCUGCAGUAUCCUGCGCUGAAAAAACAGACUCUGUAUCUGCACUGCUGGAACAGACUGCUGUUGAACUGGAAGCAGUAGAGAAGAAGCUGGAAGAAAGCAGAAGCACUUUAACUAGUGGAGAGAAUUGGCAAGAUGAGGAGGUUGCUGAGCAAGAAGAGCAGGAUGGGAACAGUGACAAUGAAGCAGAAGAGGAGGAAGAAUUCUAUGAUGGAAAAACACUCUGGGAGGUGGAAGAGAAUCCAGAAUCCCAAGUGCAUGCUGAGUCGGUAGCAGUAAAGGUAGAUAAAGAGACAAACACAGAGAGCCUUGCACAAUCUUCUACUGUAGUUCGUCCAAAAGAGAAGAAAGCAGCUAACCCACCGCAAACUCAGUUUGUCAGAAGUAGCACCAUAAUCCGCUCCAAAACAUUUUCGCCAGGACCACAGAGUCAAUACAUCUGCAGGCUAAAUCGCAGUGAUAGUGACAGUUCAACACUGUCUAAGAAACCACCCUUUGUUCGGAAUGCUAUGGAGAGGCGAAGUGUCAGAAUGAAGCGGCCUUCGGUUAAGUCCUUUGGUGCAGAGCGUCUAAUCCGAACUUCACUAGACCUGGAGUUAGACCUGCAGGCUUCAAGGACCUGGCACAAUCAGUUAGUGCAAGAGAUCUCUGUACUGAAAGAACUGAAAGAACAGUUAGAACAAGCUCAAGGUCAAGGUGAAAAAGAGCUGCCACAAUGGGUGAAGGAUGAUGAGCGAUUCCGGCUUUGGCUGAGACACGUUGAAAAACGGGCUGAGAAAACAGAACACAAGUGUGAGCUGAAAGCGGAUAAAAUGAUGAGAGCAGCUGCCAAGGAUGUACACAGGCUACGAGGACAGAGUCGUAAGGAGCCCCUGGAGGUACAGUCAUUCAGAGAGAAGAUGGCUUUUUUCACACGACCGAGGAUAAACAUUCCAACCCUCUCUGCAGAUGAUGUUUGAUCACCAUAAAGUAUUUGUUUUCCCUGACCAUUCCAUAAAUACAGUUUGGUUUUGCUGAAGUUAUUUAUGUGGUAUUAUGAAGGUACCAAGUCAUUUGUACAUUAGAGCUUUUGUCGGUUUUUUAAUGUCUAAAGACUUUUUUAGUUUUGUUCUAUCAUUAGAAAAACCAGCAUUAAAGUGACAAGAUUGUAUAGUUUGUAUAUUUAGGAAUGUAUUUUUGGGAAAGAAUUUUAAAUAAGAACAAAUGCAGCCUGAAGUGCUGUUUUUAAAUAAUAUUCUAUUUAGACUUAUUUUGUACAGCUCUACCUUUUAGAGGUUUUACUGCAAUAAAAUAAAUCUGAAGGAACCUCACUGCUAUGUUCUAUGGCUAUAACACAUCAAACUCUUCCUAGUUAAUAUUUUGUACAAUAUAGAGAAUGCAGGGAACCAUUUUUUUGAUUCUAAAGUGCUGUGAACGAAUACUCUGAGCUGUGAAGUGUUUGCAUUUCCUGCUAGGUCAUAAAAAUGGAUGUGGAGUUGAAAUACUUGCACUUUUUUGAGAUUUGUAUUUUCAGAUCAUGUUUAUAAUGGAUCUGUUUGUUUAACAAUUCCAAAAGCCCAUUGAAACCACUGCUGUAGGAGGAGGGCUACAUGGAACAUAAGUCAAUUUUAGGUUUUUUUUAAUAAAGUGAGCUUUCUGGAUGAAUUUACCUUUUUUCUCUUUUUUGUUUUUUUAAUACAACUAUUCCCAUCAAGUGGGGCACAGCUAACUCAUUCCUUUUCUAAUCCACUAACGAGGGAUAGCUAUUCUACCAUUUUUAAACUCUAUUUUCAGAGUAUUUUUUAGCAAGUAACUCAGUGGGACUUAGGCUCCAAAGUCAUUCAGGUACUUUUAAAGAUUUUUGUCCUUACAUAUAAAGAGAAGUCCCUACGGUUGCUUAAGGAAUAUUUUAUUACUUAUUUUUCUACAGUUUAAAAUAAUAAUAAUAAUAAUGCAGAAAAAGCAACUAAUAUAUGUAUACAAAUAUACAAAGCAAACAUGUGAAAGCACCAGUGUUUUAACAUCCCGUCUUUUCUAGCACAUCCCAAAUUGAUUUGCAUGAUAUACUUGACAGCUUUGUCACUAAUUCAUCUUUGCAGACAGUUUAGUCUUUAAUGCUUGUGUGACUCUGAGCCCAGCUUUCAGGUGUGGGUGUUCAAUCCACAUACGGGUGUUUAGUAAGAGCUGAACUGCUCAGUCUAUUUUAAUCCCAAGUGCCAAUUGGAGCAUUCAAAUGGCAAGUUUGGAUCCAGCGUAUCAAGAGAUUAUGCUUUCCAUAGUAUUAGAGAUACUAUUUAUUUUUUCUGCACUCCCAUAGAUUGAACUCCUUCUCACGAAGUUUAAUUGUAUGCAUUCCUUUGGAUCAUUAAUUUGUUCGGAGCUUUUGGUGACUGAACAGGCGCUCCACAGAAUAGAGCACUGGCAGUUUUAUAUGAUACAAAAAAGACUUAAGUGAGUAAACUUACACCCUCUGUUCUACAAAAAUGGACUGUUCUAAGUAAAUAAGACUCUCUGCAGAUUGAGGGCACUACAUACUAAUAUGUAUAUGUUAGCCCCUGUGUGAGAAGGUGUAACUCUGCUGAAGUCAUAGAGCUACAUCCCGGUGCUGAAUUUGACCCAGUGUUGUACUACCAAGAAUCCAAUUCAAAUUUUUAGCUGUACAAGUUGCACUGUUUUGUAGGAGUGGGGGGAAAAAAACCUGAUAAUUUUAGGGCCUGAUCAAAGUCCCAUUAAAUUCAAUGGAGUCUUUCCAUUAAUUUUAAUGGGAGUUAUAUCAGGCCCUCCGCCAGGUCAAUACAAUGCAUUUCACUUCUCAGAUUUGUUAUUGGCUGUUUGUAAAAGAUUAUAUUAUGUCAAAUAAUGGAUUUCCAGUCAGUAAAAAUAAACUAUGAAACUUGGUGUAUUGCUGCUAAAAUCAAAAAGAUCUUAAAAUCUUAUAAUUUUGUAGUAAAUUACCUAGUAUUGAGUACUUGAAUAAUGCUGCUUUAAAAAACAUCUACCAUAUUGCCGUACUCUAGAAAAUUAUGAAAAAGAGAUGUGACUACUUUGUCCAGAAUUACUGUAAUUGAUAGCUAAGUUUUAUCAAACUACUACCUGCUUUGUUAUAUAAUAUUGGGGUAAUUUAACUUGAAAAUGCUGAUUUGAAUGGUUUUUAUUGUGCUAAUUUUUUAUUUUCUCAAAAACUUCUAACCUUUGCAAACCACCUUUAUAGUAAUGACUCUACUAUGGUGGGGUGGAAUUGGGGAGAGAAUGCAAUUAAGUCCAGAAUAAAGACUAAAUUACAUUAGUCUCUGUCCAUUAAAGCUGACAAAUACUUUUAAAAUGCAGGUCUCUUGAUGUAUAUACUAUUUUUCUAUGUAUGAAACAUUUUAAUAGGCAACAACUAUACAUUGUUAUCCUAUGUAUACUGUAAUGGUUUUGUCAGAAUUAAUGGUAAUUAAAAAUAUUACAAAAUUACAUAGUUGGUCUACACACUUGUAUGUUUGGGGUGGGAAUAGGGGAUGUUUCUGAACUAACUUUAAGUGGUCAUAAUAAAAUAAACUUGCAUCAAGUCUUUAAAAAA